AUCUUCUGCUGGGGGCUGGGAUCUCCGGGCACUCUAUUGAAUUAUUUCGCCGUGUUUUUGCCGGGGGAUGGCAGGCGGUGCAGCGGCCUCCUCGGCGACGUGAAGGACCCCGAGGAGACAAGAUGGCGGCUGCGGCGGAGCGGAGUCGGUGAAAAAACACUUUAAUCGAAAGAAAUAAACAAACUCCACCGCCGUCCCGCGGCGAAGAGACAUCGGGGAGCGGGAAAGAGGGAAAGACCGAGCGUGAUCAGCGUCCGCACCGGCAUUUUCCACCCGAGUCUCACCCUCUGUCUCGGUCACACUCACCGCCCGGACUAACAAUGGAGGUGAUCGAAGGAUGCCGCCUUCCCGUCCUCCGGAGGAACCAGGAGAAUGAGGAUGAGUGGCCACUUGCUGAAAUCCUCAGCGUUAAAGACAUCAGCGGGCGCAAGGUGUUCUAUGUCCAUUACAUAGACUUUAACAAGCGUCUGGACGAGUGGGUGACUCCUGAAAGGUUGGACCUAAAGAAAAUCCAGUUCCCAAAAAAGGAAGCUAAAACUCCAACUAAGAAUGGCCUCCCGGGAUCCAGGCCAAGCUCUCCUGAGAGGGAUCUGAAGAAGACACUCGAUCUUUCACUGCACACAUCAGCAGCAGGGAUUGGCAAAACCAUUCCAACACCGGGCUUGCCCUACUUAGCCUCAAGUGCUAGUUUACAAAGGGUCCCUGUCGUGAAGAUACCAGACAGGACCAACAGCAUCGAAAACGUCACAAAAAAUUUGUUAUCCAAGAGGAAGUUGGAGGCUGUUUCCCUCACAACCCAGUGCUCUCCAGCAACUCCUGUGGCACCAACUCCAGAAAUACCCACACCCGUCUUUGCGCAGCAAAAUGGUUCGGUGAGGAGACCGGUGUCGGCUGUUGCUGGGCGGAAGAGGAAAGCCGGCUGCCUGGGGACUGAUGAGGACUCCCAGGACAGCUCGGAUGGCAUCCCCUCGGCCCCCCGCAUGACAGGCAGCCUGGUGUCAGACAGGAGCCAUGAUGAUAUAGUCACGCGGAUGAAGAACAUCGAAUGUAUUGAGCUGGGCCGACACCGCCUGAAACCCUGGUACUUCUCACCCUACCCACAGGAGCUGACCUCGCUGCCCGUCCUGUACCUCUGUGAGUUCUGUCUCAAGUAUCUGAAGAGCCUCAAAUGCCUGCAGAGGCACCUGACCAAAUGUAACUUGCGACAUCCACCAGGAAAUGAAAUUUACCGCAAAGGAACCAUCUCCUUCUUUGAAAUUGAUGGCAGGAAAAACAAAAAUUACUCACAGAACUUGUGUCUGCUGGCCAAGUGCUUCCUGGAUCACAAAACACUCUACUACGACACCGAUCCCUUCCUGUUCUACGUCAUGACGGAGUAUGACUGCAAAGGCUUUCACAUAGUCGGGUAUUUCUCCAAGGAAAAAGAGUCAACAGAAGAUUACAAUGUGGCUUGUAUAUUAACACUGCCACCAUAUCAGAGGAGAGGCUAUGGAAAGUUACUUAUCGAGUUCAGUUAUGAGCUCUCAAAGGUUGAAGGGAAAACGGGGACACCGGAGAAACCAUUGUCUGACCUGGGACUGCUGUCCUACCGCAGCUACUGGUCCCAGACCAUCCUGGAGAUUCUCAUGGAGCUGAAAUCAGAGAACGGAGAGAGGCCACAGAUUACAAUCAAUGAGAUCAGUGAAUUAACCAGCAUCAAGAAAGAAGAUGUGAUCUCAACCCUGCAAUAUCUGAACCUCAUUAACUACUACAAGGGUCAGUACAUACUCACACUGUCUGAGGACAUUGUUGAGGGUCACGAGAAGGCAAUGAUGAAGAGGCAUCUCCGUAUAGACUCCAAAUGCCUGCAUUUUACCCCCAAGGACUGGAGUAAGAGGGGGAAAUGGUAAUGGCAUGCAACUUGGGACCACGCAGUGGCAAAGAGGGAGAGAAACUGUCAGAGGACCAGGAGUGGAUACACAGCCUUCACCCGCCCUGCCUCUCUUUCUCUCUCUUGCAUACCGUCCAUCUCAUUGCACUGAAACAGACUCUCCUUGUUGUGAGUGCUGACCCGAGGUUUUCAAUGAACGAUCAUUCGGAAUCUCUCGCGCUGGUGCGCUGCCCUCCUGCUGAGCAAGUUGGGACGCUGUCAGAAUGGGCGAUAGCUGGAUAGAGGGGCAGGAUGUGACCUCCUGAGCAAGUUGGAAAGCCAUCAGAAUGGGUGAUAGCUGGAUAGAGGGGCAGGAUGUGACACUCGACUCGCUGCUGAGAGUCGGAUUGGGUCAGGUGUUGAUCUCUGGCGCCUCUCCCACUUGUCACCAACCCCAUCUCCAUGGCCACAAUGUUGAAGUAUGGGUGAAACGGCCACCGGAGUCUGUUUCAACUGAACGAGCACUGACCUGUGAAGCCCCUCGGUGUGCUUGUUGGCUGGAGCAGCUAUUGUGGACCAUUUGCACAGAUACACACACACUUCUUUCCAGUGUGCAGUUCCUGGACAGGGAUCGGACUGCUAUCCUGGUUUUUUUUACCCUUGCAGUUACCCCCCAGCCUCAGGCUGAGGGACUCUGCACUUCCCUCGGUCAGCCGGACCUCCCGCUGUGAAGACACAAACAAACCAGCAGAGAGUGGGACAUUUUGCUUCGCUGUGUUUAUCAAGUGUGAGGCCCUGAAGGUCAUUGAGCAGGAGCCCCGCACUGGCAAGGUUGCAACAUGUCAGCACUGCAGCUGACAUACCCGCUGCCAGACCACAGCAAGGGAGUAGCACCAGGUACUGGGUCACUGGGUCACAGCAGCCCAGUAGCCACUGAGUAUGACACUCUGAGAUUGUCUGAAAUAUACUGACUCCAGUCUCCUACAAAGAACAACCAGGAAUCUCAAUCUAUUUACAACUUCACACACUCAGGAAAACAUCACAGAUAAAAAUAAAUGUGCAGGUAGACCGUACACUGACCCCUGGGCAACCCAAGCCACAGGCUGAGAUUCGCUGCUCAUGUUUAAUGAUCAUAGACAUCAAUUCUGGUUUGCUGCAUGUCGAGUGAAAAUGGCAACAUCAAACAGACACUCUCUCUCCUAAUGCAGUGGUAAAUAUACAGCCCAGGGGAAAGCUUUAAUCUGUAUCUCACCCCGUGCUGUCCCUGUCCUGGGAGUGUUUAAUGGGGGACAGGGUAGAGGGAGCUUUACCCUGUAUCUAACCCCGUGCUGUCCCUGUCCUGGGAGUGUUUGAUGCGGGGACAGCAUAGAGGGAGCUGUAUCUGAAUUCUGUUGCAUCCUGCAGUCAAGGAGCUGUGUAUCACGUUCUCAACCUGAAUCCAGCAAGUAUCACUCAGCUCGAUGUCAGGAAGGGGAGGGCUCAAUACCUUCAUUCGCUAUCCGAGAUGUGAACAGGGUGAGGUCAGACAGAAAUUGUAAUCUCUCCAGGCCUGUAGGAUUAGGAUUAAGCCAAGUGUGGAGGUAGUGCAGCUUCUGAAACCUCCAGGGCAGGAGGGAGGAGAAAUACUGGCACCCUGGGGAGUCUGGUCUGAAAUUUUAUAAUGCCAAGAAUUGUAUUUAUAUUACAGGGUGAGGCAAGAAGGCGGAUUGGUUUUAAUAAACAAGUGUUGGGGAGCUGGGUGGAUAGAGUGUGGUUGCACUGGGAUCACAGCACCUUGCUCCUUGCCAUGUGGUUGGCAGCUGGGCAAACGUCGACAGCCCAGGUCAAUACAAUCGUCUCAAAAGUCCUUCAGCAACCCCACAGCCCCUGCACCCACUGCAGUUGUGUAUCUCGUGCUGUGGUGUCGAUUCAGUAGUUACAAUGACCUUCUACCAAGCUGGUGCUUGUUGCGUUCUGUGAGACUCUGGCUGUCACUCUGUUAAAGAUGUUGAUGUCUGUUUUGUAAUCUGGUCUGUACAGAGUAAAUAUUAACGUACCAUG